AAUCUCUAACAAACAUUCAUAAAAGUGGCUAUUUAUGAAAUCCAUUUGCUCGGCCCAAUUCGAUAACGACUACUCAUCUCCCUCAGCCGUCCAUUUUCCCGGCGAGGUUUUCCGGCGAAACCAUUUCCCCGUCCAUUGCUCCGCAAGUGGUAAUAUAUUCAAAUCUUAAUUAAGCUUAUAGUUGAAGGGUACAAAUAUUCAAAUCGCAUACCAAUUUUUAUUGAAUUAUCUGUAUCCAUUCAGCUCUAUUUGUAUUCUCACCAAUUUUUUCAAUUGUGCUAAUAAUGUUGAAGGAAAACUCUAUUUCUUCUUAUUCUUAUGCAUUGGAGAUCUAAAAACAGAUUAAUUUGACGUGUCAUUCUGUUAUUAGAGUUGGAACAUUUUUUUUUCCUUUUACAUAGAUUCUAACACUACAAAUGGAUGCUAUAGCCAUAUGGGAAUAAUUAGAUUGAGCUAUGUAUCCUAGGGUUCCUGAAUAAAAUGAUCUUGAAUUAUGUGCAGCUCUUGACACCACAGUAUCUGCAUUUGAUCAAGAGGAAGGUAGUUAGCUAUCACCACCAAAGGGUGGUGUAGUGGUAAGUACUCUUUCAGUCUUAACAAGAGGUCUCGGGUUUGGGUAUGGAGUCGCCUUUGGUAAGGAGUGUUUUACCUCCAAAGUAGGACUUUACGGCGCGAAUCCUGAUUAGUCGGGCCCCAAAACGCGUACCGGACACUGCUUGGGGGAGGAUUAUUAAUAAUUUGUUGCACUGUGGAACUAGUGCAAUCAAUAGUGGAGUAUAACUAGUGAUGGACUUUGCUUCUAAAUUUACCAAAUUAAUUACUAUAUACAUUUUAGCCUUCUGUGUGAUUUGCAGAUAAGGGGAUACUUUCUGCAUAUGAUUAGUAAUUAAUAUCUAUUUGGAUAGACAUAACGUGCUCAUUUCAUAGAACACAAUGAUCUAAGGGUGUUCACAACCAUGUGUUUAGCGGUUCAUAGUCAGAAGAUCAUUUUUGUCUGAUUAAACCUUCAUUAAAUGAAAACUAUAGUUGCUUGCCUUAAUUAAGAUUGAGCGUGAGUAUGUCUGUUUUAUUGCUCACACAUCUGUUGUAUCAUACUGUUCAGUGUGCACAAAUAGGUCUUUCUAUUUUCUGUUCUUCAGCAGAAAAGGUUUAAGUAGGUCCAUGCCUUAGACGAAACUUUUAGUCUUUGAAAACAUGUACCCAUAACACUUUCCUUUGAUGAUAAGUUGACAAAUGAUGAGGUAUUAAACAUGAUCAACUGUUUUUCUUACACACGUCGAAUCAUAUGAUAUUGGUUAUGGUAAUUAGGACCUUUUCAGUUUUAUGUAUGCUUCAUAUUUUCUUACUGAUCACUUCUCUAAUACUCAUCCUUGUCCAAUCUUCUUGAAAUACAAUAUUUCAGUGGCUAACAUUUAUUUUUUUGAGAAUGGUAACAUGUUCAGUGGCUAACAUUUAUGAUGUUAUCAAGAUCCUAACUUAGCAAAAUUAGGCAUCAUCUUAACUUGGGAACUAAUGUUAACUAAGUAGAGAAGGUUUAUAUAGAAUCCAAGCUCCACCUCUCCCUCAAUAUCUAUUUCAUUGUAGAUACAUUGUUGUGAGAGAUUUUAUUGUCCAUAUCCUAUUUGUUUCCCGUAGACCCUUACUUUCCUUUUAUUAUCCUUUCGGUUGCUCAGUGUCAAUCUCUUUAUUCACCACCGCUCUCCUAUUAAUUGUUGUCGGUUUCUCCAACUUCCACCCUCCUUUUGUUCACCACUCUUCCUCUUUUUCUUCAGCGCGACAGUUGUCAUCUUCGAUGUAUCCAUGUUUAUCUUUGUUUCGGUGGUGUCUCUGAUAGUCCUCAUGUUUUUCCCAGAUUUGAAAGUUUGUUCUCUGUCGCUCUCUCACUUAUGACCUUGCCUAAUUGGUAGAGUUGUAAGUGCUUCAUUUACUGGUGCUAAAUUUCCCUGUUCCUUUGAUCUUGUAAAAGUUGUUCAAAUCCGCUAGGCAUCAGGCCAAUCUUUUGGCUCUUCUUUUGCCGUUACUAUCUUAAUAAGCACGAUGAUCUCUGCUGAUCCACCUGGUGAUGAAAUAACAAACAUUUUGUCAAGACUUCCAGUCAAAGCUCUCAUGCAAUUCAGGUGUGUUUGCAAAUCUUGGUUUAAUCUUAUUAGAGAUCCUCAUUUUGUUAACAUGCAUAUGAAUCAGCAUUCAUCAUAUAAGAAAAGCUACUUGAUAAGUAAAGAUAUCUUAGAUGUUGGGGAAAAAGAAUGUUGCACUUUGUACUGUGAUGAAACAUUUGCCGAGCACAAGAACCCGGAAUUUCCUUUGUGGGAAUCGACUAAAAGUUUUGAAGUCUUUGGCUGUUGCAAUGGUGUUCUCUUUCUUCUUUACCCUAUAACUCCUAGAUCUGAUUGCAACAUGUAUUUUUGGAAUCCAGCCACAAAAAUAGUCAAGAAUCUUAGCAGUUCUACUGUUCAGCUUCCUGACAUUCCUGUUCAUGUGGUGUUUGGGUUUGGUUACAUUCCUAAAUUGGAUGAAUAUAAGGUGGUAAGGAUUUUGUAUUCUGAGCAAAUGAAUCUAACAGACCCCCCAAAACUUCCGCCUAUUGUUGAAGUUUACUCAUUGAAAACAGAUUCUUGGACAAAGAUUGAAAUUGAUCUUUCAUACUUUAUUACAAGCCAUAUGGCAAAGGCAUUUCUAGAUGGAUCGAUAUAUUGGGUUGCAAGAAAGGUUAAUGAAACUGUAUAUGAUGACUUUAUUGUAUCUUUCGAUAUGGCUGGCCACGUUUUUGAAGAAAUAAAGCUGCCAAAGUCUUACCUCGACGAUGGUGCAUUAACUGGAUCGUUAGCAGUAUUUCGUGAUUCACUUUACCUAUUUGUCCAUUGCCCUGAAUCACUAGAUUGGUGGCAUAUUUGGAUGAUGAAAGAAGAUUGUUCUUUAAAAGUUUGGUGCCAUCAGUUUAAAAUUGAUUGCUCAUUCAAAAUCUGUUGGCCCCUAUGUUUUAUGAAGAAUGGAGAGGUUAUAUUCGAAUCCAUUGAGGGGGACUUUUCUAUUUAUGACCCUAUAAACCAACAAUUUCAAGAUCUUCACUUCCAAGGGAAUCCUGAGAUGAUAGAACUAUUUGCAUACAAGGAGAGCUUGGUUUUACUUGAUUUAGUAACUAAAUCUUGGCCUAGCAAAUUUCACGACAAUGGGAACGAAAAAGUUUGAGAGCCAAACUCUGAGGCAAAAAAGCUUCACAGAUUUGAGAGUUGGCUAUCGAUCCUAAGUAAUGGGGCUCUCAACAAUAUUGCAUUGCUCAAUUCGAAGAAUGCAUUUUGGAAUGUUAUUUGUAUAGCUUGAAAACAAUUGGUCUUGGCUUAUGUCCUGCUAAUGCACAUCUUCUACAUUCUUUGCUCUCUGGUGGACCAGCCAUUGCUGUUUCGAUCCGUUUUCUAUACCCUAAGAUGUCUUACUCUAGUGAUCCUGUUCUGUUAUUGCACUUGUAAAAGGUACAAAAUUUAAAGAUCUUCUUGGUUCUUCAUGCAGGUUGACAGCAAUAACAACAACAACAGCCCAGUGUAAUCUCACUAGUGGAGUCUGGGGAGGGUAAUGUGUACGCAAACCUUACCACUACCCCGAUAGAGACGGAUUUACGUGGAGGGGGUGGGGUACAUGCACCCAUGCUCCCCUCCCUAGGCUAUGCAUAAAAUACUAACCUUUUCAAUUAUGUGGUUAAAUAUAUUUGUGGCCACCCAUGCUCUCCUUUUUGUCCCCAAGGUUAGGGGUUUGAUCCCCAUACCAUUUUUUUUGAUUAAUUCCUUUUAUAAGUAAUUACAAUAAAUGAAUUCCCAAUUUCCCA